AUGGAGUCCCUGAUGAGUGCGGUGGCACCGCGCUCUCCAGCCCCCGCCAAGAAGCUGUCAGAGGUGGACUUCCGGUCGGGGGCCACCUUGGAGCAGCUGUCGGCACAGGUGUCUGAGCUGGUACUACUGGAGCAGGGGGAGUUUGGGGACCAGACCGCCUUAGAGGUCCACACAGCCAAGGACUUUAUCUUCAACAUGCUAGGCUUAGUCCAGAAGGUGGACCAGCGCCUCCCGGUGGCCAACGAGUACCUGCUGCUGUCAGGAGGGGCCCGGGAGGGGGUCCUGGACCUCAACCCUGAGGACCUGGGGGACUACGCAAAAGGGGCCGAUUUUGACCUGGACUUCACCCUGCUGGUGCCCGCCCUGAAGCUCCACGAUCGCAACCAGCCCGUCACGCUGGACAUGAGACACUCCCCGCCGUGCCACUCAUGGCUCAGCCUCCGCCUCUGCGACUCCAACAUCCUGUCCCGCUGGAGCAUCUGCUGUCAGGAGGAGAAUGGACUACCUACUGAGGAAGAUGAGGAGGAAGAGGGGGAGAUGGGUAAAGGCUCCAUCCCUUCCCUGGGCUCUCCUCAGUCUCUGGAUGGAUGCUACUUCUCUCCCACCCUGGUGACAGACUGGUUCUGGGGAGUGGUGAGUGAGGCUGUAGAGGAGCUGAGGCGUAGCCCCCAGAGAGGCAUCCCCACCCCAGAAAGACUGGAGAGGAACGGUCCCCUCACUACCAUCAUCCUCCAGGCGGGUUCUAGCCGGGUGCUGUACGACCUGCUGCCUGUGGUGUCAUUCCGGGGCUGGCCUGCCGUGGCCCAAGGCUGGCUGACUGCCAACCACUUCUGGGAUGGUAAAAUCACAGAGGAGGAGGCCAUAUCUGGCUUCUAUCUGCUGCCCUGUUGCUCCCCGCUGGGUGGCCGGCCCGACAGGGAGUGGAGGCUGGCAUUCUCACGCAGCGAGGUUCAGUUGAAGAAGUGCAUCCCUUUCCCCAUGGCUCAGGCUUUCCAAGCAGCUAAGGCGGUUCUCUCUCGUAUCCUGGCUCGUCCUCGUACAGGCCUCAGCCUCUACCACCUGCGCACCCUUCUCUUCUGGGCCUGUGACCGACUUCCUGCCGCCUACCUGUCCUGCUCCGACGCCGACACCCCAGGUCGCCUCCUCCUCGGCCUCCUGGAUGACCUGGCUCAUUGCAUCCUGGGUAAAAACUGCCCAAACUACUUCCUGCCGCAGUGCAACAUGUUGGAGCACCUGACUGACAGCCAGGCGCUGCUGGUCGCCCGCAAACUGGCCCACGUGCGCUCAGAUCCCAGCGAGCACCUCCGGGCGGCUCUGGACCAAGCCCAGCAGGCGGGCCAGCUGAAGAAGGAGCUCACGGCCAGCACCAACGGCCACGGCUCCCCCGGGCACCACCCAGCCAAUGGCAUCAUUUCGCCCUCGGAGGACAAGCUGGCGCAGCGACUGCAGCAGCUGGUCACAGAGAACCCCGGGAAAUCCAUAUCCGUCUUCCUGAACCCCGAUGAUGUCACCAGGCCGCACUUCCGCAUCGACGACAAGUUCUACUGAGGCAGACAUGCUGCAGAGAAAACACGUGGAAAUGUGUGUGUUAAGCUUCGAAACACACUCUGAAAAAGCUCUGAGACGUCACAUCAGAGGGGACGGAGACUGAAAAUCAGGCAGGUGUUUUUCUUCAAAACACAGCUGGCCUGAAACUGAGCACACUCCUCCUCCUCUUCACCACCCUGAGGCUCAGCAGAGCCUUGCUGCUUGACUGACUCUUUAAACCAAAAACACACAUGUCCCACUACUGACAGAUGACGUCCAGUUUAGGGGACGUCGCACAAUAGACAUGAUGUCACCGAGCUGUUGCCACGGAGACGGCCCUCUCCUAACGAGCUGGCCUUAACGAGACUUAUCAGCUGGUGCUAAAAAGGACAAGGGCCGGCUUUAGUCAUGUGAAAUCCAGUCUGACAGAGAUCAACACAGAGUGUGUGUGUGUGUGUGUGUGUGUGUGUGUGUGUGUGUGCGCGUGCGCGUGUGUGUGUGUACAUUUGUAAAGACAGAGGGAGAAAAGCUCCUUGAUUGCUGCAUUUCUCCCCCUUUUAUUUUAGAUCAGAGUGGGCGACGGCUGAAUUACAAUGGAAAAACAAGGUGUGGCUGAUGUAACUGAAUGUAAUAUUGUGAGGAGAACCGCCGAGUCUUUGAACAAAGAGUCUCUUCUCCCUUUCAACUACAGUUUAGCUCGUUUUUCUGACCCCCACGCCUCAAUUUAAAGGAUCUCUUCACUUUUUUUUUUAGUCUUUCUCAGGUAUUCAUAAUACUUAUCAUUUUUUAUGUCUGUAAUUCCAUUUUAAGGUCUUUAACUAUAUUUCAAUGCCGCUUAUAUUUCAUUGGGUAAUUGAAUGUACCAAAGAGCUAUGUUCGAGCAGUUCUGCAGAGAGAAACAUGCUUACACAUCCCUAAAUAUCUUAUUUUGAAGACGCUACUGAAUCAUGGUCAGAAUGUUAAUUCGCCUUUUCUCCUUCAAAGGGCCCAGUCACACCAGCGUGUGAAGGAGUGAAAUUUAGUGGCAGAAUGUGAAAGUGAUAAGUGGAUUCGCUCAUUAGGCGAAGUAGAGAAGCUCAAACCCAUCACAUCAACUUCAGCUUUCGGUGAACUUGACCGAUUGCAAGCUGUCUCAACAGAGCCGACGUUGAAAAUGGAGGGAGCUGUUGUAGCUUAUUAGCUGUGUUGCACCAUCCAAUUGUAUUUAAUCUCCUUUGAUGGAGUAACUGCGCCACAAAGAGAUGGUUCACAGUUACAAAUGUUACAAAUGUGUCUCUUGAAAACUGUGUGUGAACUUCCUGCCUCUUAGCAAUUGAGUUAAUGAGCUUCUAACUGACAGUUAUCAAGCACUUAGCAAGCUUUUUUUCCUCCCUGUGUGUCCUCCUCUGUGCUGACAUGAUGUACAAUCUUGAGAACAAAAUACCAGGGGGAGUUAACAGACCAGUACAGAGCUCAGAACACUAGCCUGUCUUAGUGCAGUAGUUCACCAACUAGCCGUGCGAGCAGUCGCUACCAAAAAACCCAAACCUUUUCAGGGAAAAUGUUUUAAUAAUUUCUGAUUCCACUAUCACACCAUGAUGCCACAGGGCUUUUAUUUUGUCACAUAUGGCAGUAAAAUGAAUACUCAUUAAACGAGUAUACUGAAUGGCUCGGGGACAUUAACAUGAGCAUUUUCACAGUUUUCACAUCAUUUUACAGACAAAAUGUCAAAGAUGAAAAUGAUCGUUAGUUGCAACCCAAAUCACUGCCUCCAGAACCACAUAUAUAUUCACAUACAGGCUAAUUUCACUGUGCCACUUUCUGGACGUGCCCAGGCCUUGGAAACAGGCCUGAUGGGGAAGUAAAUGAAUUGCACUGGUUAUUUUUAAGAGAAAGAUGUAAUUGCAGCUUGUGUUAUGGUAGGUCCUUUAUAAGGGAUUUAGAACAUUUCAAACCCUGUGUAUGGAGAUAUGAGGAAUCAAGUAGCAGCAGUGUAUUUUCAAGUUAAAAAAAAACAUCUGAGCAAAAAGACAGGUACAGAGUAGCUGUUGAAUCAGGAUUUUUUGGUCUAUUUAUCCAACAUAGUUGCAACUAAGUCAAGGUACUUUACCUUCAAAAUGUCCCACAAAGGAUCAGGGUGUGUUGAACAUCUUGUUCCACAUCGUGUGAGCGUGUGUAUUAACUUUCUGUUGAGGAAAAGUUACAGUUUCGUGUGCGUCGUUUGAUUUUCUUGUAGACUAGUUCUGACUUGACUGAUUCUCAUAAUUGUCCCCUGUCUCCUCUGCUUGGUUGGUCUUUUUUAAUGAGCUGUGUAUGUGUGUGUGUGUGUGUGUGUGUGUGUAGAUAUACGCGCAUGUGUUGGUGUGUGAGCACUCACCGAGAGACAAACCAAGCAGCAGGACGCAGACAGCCGCCCAGAUGCUGCCCAUUGAAUUAUCCCCUCAGUGGGUGUGUGUUAGUCGCUGGGCCCUAUCGUUCCUCAGCAGACGGGAGCUACCCACAGGGGGAUGGAGGGAUGCAUGGAGGAUGGAUGGAUAGAGGGAGAUGGGCCCUUCUACGGUCCUUUUGAAGAGAUUUGAAGUGGGAAGAUGGGCCUUGCGGGGCCUGGACAGCUGCCUCUCUUUGGGACUGUUGCAGUUUCUCUCUGCCUGUUUCUCUGCUGGCUUCUUUCUCUCAUUUUCUCAUAGCUCUUUUUCACUUCAUCCCAUCUACACUUCCCCUCAGAGGUUUGCUGUUUUUCUGUCUUUUAGUACUGACGGUCCAGAGCCACAAAAAGCUCCUAAAACUUGGUUCUACUCCAACCUUAUGUUUACACUGUUAGCAACCACGCUGCUGCAGUGCCAUUCAGCUGAUUUGAUUAGGAGCUGUGCAGAGGCAGUAAACGGUGUGGUGGCAACAAGUGUAACCAGACAAGCAGUAAUUUACUCCCUUCUACUUACAUUAUUUUCACUUGUUUUACCUUAAUGAAUUUGAGACGUAAAGUUGUCUGAACACUAUCUGCAAACAAACUGAUGGGUAAACUCUGAUUAAAUUGGGUUUACCGAGCACUGAAACGCUGCUUCCAAUGUUGGUGCACAGGCAGGGUACAAAAUGCUACAAGCACACGAUGGGUUACAGUGAAGUUUACAUAAAUAUAAAGGUGACGGGGUUAAUUGAGUUGAUUUUUAAGCUACUGGUGGAAUGUUUUUCCUUCAGACAGGUGUAUGAAUAUUUCUGAGUCUUGUGUUACGCUGUCAGCUCUCAGAGUCUGGGUCUACAAAUUUCAUGCUCUUACUACUGAAUGAAUUUUUUAUAGCGUCUUGUCUGUACUGCUGAUGUUGUGUGUGUGUGUGUGUGUGUGUGUGUGUGUGUGUGUGUGUGUGAGUGUGAGAAACGAAUCUGAGGAAAAACCAAAGCGUGAUGUGGAGGUGGAACAGAAUGUCUAAGCAGGGUGUGUGUAUUCAGCACGCCGGGUGUCAGAGGAUUGAUUGGUGUUUUUCAGCACUUUGUCCAGGACGGGCCCCGACUGUCGUUAACCCCAACCUGUACAAGUUUUUAAAAAGUCAUAUAGAUAACAGCAUUUAUUUAUUGGAAAGAAUAGUUAAUGUAAAGGUACUUUUCACAUUUCCCUCUUUGAUGUUUGACUGAGAGUGGAGUGUAAAACGUGUCAGGUGUGUGUCACACUUUGUACCUUAAUGGGCCUAGUUAGAGAUUACUAGACACUGGAAACAAUCAAUGUUUUUUCCUGAAUUGUACACAUGAAAUCUUUGUGGAGAGUAUCAAAUCCUGUAUUUUACAAUGGUGUCAGUUUAUAGAUAUGCAAUCAAAUCCCGUGUGGAAAGGCCUGUCAUUUACAAACGCCUAUUCUAAUUGUACUUCAGUGUAGAUUUACUGUAGUUGUGGAAUGGGGGGGAUCACUAUCUGCUGUCCAGGGAUUGCAUGAAACACAGAUGACACUCCCUAACUUCAAUCUUCACCCUGUGCUACUGUUUAUAAUUAUUACUGCUUUUUUUUGUGCUGAAACUUCUGAUGCUUCUAUUUAAGAUUCAUUCAGCUGCUGUGGAUAAAUAACGGACUAAAUACAAUGAAUGUAUCCACUUUAUCUCUGUAAUCUGCUCCUGACUACAGAACACAGUCAACUCUAACUUUUCAUUCUUAUCUCAGCAGAUGUUCUCAAGUGCUGCGAUAAACAUCUGCACUGAAUCACUCCACGGUCUGAGAAAUUGAAUUUCAUAUCUCUUUUUAUUACUUGAGUUCUUUUUUUUUCUAAAUAAGUGCAAAUUAUUUUCUCUGUAUCAUGACUGAUUUGCUGUAUUUAUUACUGUUAUUUUCUGGGGGUUUAUAUUGAUCAAGCUUUAGCAUGAAAUAAAUCACUACAUUUCAAAUCAUA